AUGUUGUUAUUUACUAGAUCGAGAGAGAGCGAGAGAGAGGGCGGCGAGAGGAAAAAAAUAGGAGAAAAAAGGUUAUCAUCGAGUUCAAGCUCUCAUCCGAGUUCUUCGGCCAAAAUGUCGGCACAAGUUUCACGAUGUUUUACAAGUAAUUUCUCACAAAUCCGUUGUUACAGUCAUUGAGAACGAUUCUUGGAGACAACAUCAUGAACUCCCUGGAUUCUGAGCCACCAUACAGUGGUUUUGGAUCUGGAGGAGGCUGCCUACUGAUGGGAGACUGCAUGAUGGGGGCAGCUGACCCUCUACUCAGCCAAGAUCCUCACAGCGUUCACAACACUUAUAAUAGCUCAGCAGAGGAAGAAGUAAGCAACGAUUUUCCUGAAGAACAAAUGAUGCCUUCAAGUAAUCUGUACAGUCUAUACCUGCUGCACCCCAGCUCAGACUCCAAAACAUCGCCCAAGCAGAAGUCUGAUUUCAACCACUACGGAAGCAACGAGAAUGAGCACAAAGGCACAACCAACGGGAGGACCAGUGAUUCUGAGGAGAACAUUGACGUUCUGUCAGUGGACAGUCACAGCCAGUCAACACCAAACACCAAUGGGCUUGAUCAUGAUGCUCUGUUUGAAGGAAUGCCCUUCUAUGAGCUCAAAGGGAGAGAAGUUGGACCCUGUGCCUACUGCACCAUGUGGCGGUCAAUUCGAUUCCUGUCGUACUGUGGGAACUACCCUUUCUGUAGUGUGGCUUGCACCAAGAAAUUUGCAGUAUAUAAGAGAGAGAAGGGAGAGCUACUGGAGAAGACUACUGGAGACCUUAAUACAAGCCAACAUCUCAAUAAGGUGCCCACCCUGUUUGAGGAGCACAAACCACAACCCUUGUUUCCUCCACGUUUCAACAACCACAAGCAUUCCAGAUCGGUCAGUGUUAACAACACCAUUCCCAACGGUCAGAUGACCAACGGUCACAGCUCAGAGGCAUUUGACUGGACAGAGUAUCUACAAGCUCAUGACACCGAAGCCGCUCCUGUGAAGUGCUUCUGUCAUGCACCCCUGUCCCAGGAAUGGAAAGGUAACAUGAUAGGAGCGAUGAUAGAAGUGCACAACAGAGACCCUGAGGAAUCAGCCAAUAGCUUCUGGGUAGCACGGGUUAUACACAUGGCAGGUUACAAAGUGAGGUUAAGAUUUGAAGGUUACGGCAUGGACAGCAGUCAUGACUUUACCCUUCAUCUUCUCAUGGCUGAAUGCUACUCUCUUAACGGUGCUGUCAAAGCAGGUCACAUCAUGAAACCACCAAAAGGUGUUUUAGCUCGUCUAGGUAACAGCUGGCAAGAGCAUCUUGCCCGAGCUGCCCAUUCUGGAAGCCCAACCAUCAUGCUGCCCCCAAACAAGGACUACCUGAAAUGUAGAUUUAAACCUGGCAUGCAUCUUGAGGCUGUCUACAAACAGAAAAUCUCCCACGCCAUUGUUGCCACGGUGACGGAGACGGUGGCAAGCCGCAUUCAUGUGCAAUACGAUGACUGCAAGGACCCAAGCAAGGACUUUUGGUUCCAUGAGACGUCACCUUGGAUUCAUCCUGUGGGAUGGUCCCAACGAGUUGGUCAUCCAAUCAUCUCUACUGCUGCAUAUAUAUCUGAGGCCUUGGAUAAGGGAAGGAACAAGAAGUCUGGACCAGAUGAUGCACCAUGGGAAAUCUUUAACAUGCCGGCAUCCAAGGAGGAGACCCAAUUUCGCAUCAACAUGAAGCUGGAGGUGGUGGACCCCCUGCGACUAGGCACGGUCUGCGUUGCCACGGUGAUGCAAGUACUGAGGGAGGGGUAUCUGAUGAUUGGUGUAGAUGGGUGCCUGGAGGAUACUAACAGCUGGUUCUGUUGUCACUGUACCUCCCCUGCUCUCCUGCCAGUGGGGUUCUGUGAAUACCAUAAGAUCGACCUUCAACCUCCAAGAGGUUCAGAUAGUAAUUUUGACUGGGUAGAUUACCUACGGACGACCGAGUCUCUGUCAGCACCCAUUGAAAUAUUUCAUCAGAAAACUGUAGACCGAGGUUUCAAGGUCGGUCACAAGCUGGAAGCGGUUGACCUGAUAGAGUCCGGUUUCAUCUGUGUUGCCACGGUGACCAAGGUGGCUGGUCCAUUGUUGAGGGUUCACUUUGAUGGAUGGGACAGAUCGUUUGAUCAGUGGAUGGACUGUGAUUCACCAGACAUCUGCCCAGUCGGGUGGUGUGAGAUGGUCUCAUAUAAACUACAACCUCCAAGGAUACAUGAGUCACAGGAUUAUAUCAGCAUCACACCAGUAUGCAAACCAAUCUCAAGAAGAAAGCACUAUCCUACUGGAGAAAAGAGAAGGAUGUCUCUAACUCCAGCCCUGGAGAGGAUGAGCAGAGAGAAGAGUGAUGAAGCUCAGAAGAUGAUGCCUUCAGUCUACUCUUUCUCUGAUGAAGAGAGCAACCAUGACAGGAGCAUCAUCCCUCCACCUCCCAAGAAACACCUGAUCAAGAAACCUCAGGUCCGCUCCAAUCUCAAGUUAAAGAUGCCCAAAUCAACUUUGAAGCACAAUGGCAAAGGCAGGCCCCAUGAGCCGGCCUCUCAUCACAACUACGCACUGCCCUCAUCCAGGCAAGGCAAUGGCAGUCUGCUUGGGCAGCAGGUGCAAGAGAAAGAGGUAGAAAAGAGCGUACCACCAGACCAGACACUUAGUGUGAAGACUAGCAAUAUGGUGAAAGGAUUCUUGAAGCCAGAGAAUAUAGAAAAUGGGGAAUUCAUCGUAGAGGUUGAGAAGGGCAUCGUGGAGAGCCAUUCCAAGCCAGAUACGUCUAUUUCCAGUCUAGAUUCACCUCCACUGUCAGCAGAUUCCUCUUCAGGAUACAUUGGGGCUGGUGCUUCUCAUCAGACAGAGUGCUCAGAGUCCAUGGGGGAUGCAGAAAGUCCUGGCAAGUUCACCAUGAGGAACUGGUCACAUGUAGAGCACAAACAACAAUGCUCAAAGAUGCUGUCUUCAAGGCCAUUCAAAGACUUUGUGAAAGAGAAAAACGAUGAGUUUGGCAUUGAGAUGUAUGACUUUGAAGAUGCCUCUAUGGCUCCACCUGUUCUCAUACCAAGCGUUAACAAGCAUGAGAAAAAGAAAAAGAAGAAGAAAAAGAAGAAAAACAAAAAGAAGAAAGACAGAGAGAAAGACAAAGACAAAGAUGAGGACAUAGAGAAGGAGAAGCACAAGAAGGAAGGGAAGAAGAAGAAGUCAAAGUUGGAUAAAGAGCGAAAAAAGGAGAGGAGGAAAGAAAAGGCGAAAGCAAAAGCAAAGGCCAGUCAACUAGCAACUCUGUUGAAUCUGCCGACAGAACUGCCUUCAGUUAUGCAGACUGACCUGACAAACGGUGAGGAAAAUGUGCUAAAUCAUAUUCUGAAUGAUAAAAACACUCCCCAGGGUGGACUAGACUUGAACAGAAUGUCCAAGGUGAAGUUCUCCAUGAACACUGGGAGCAACCAGGACCCAAGUACUGAUAUCCCAGUGGAGGAAGAUAACCGAACUGCAUCUGACAAAGUCUCUGCAUUGGAUAGACUGUUGGCUAAGUCUGUCGAUGAUAGCGUUUCGGUGAGAGUAGCUCCUUAUACUGUGUGUAGUCAGACCUUGAAAUCAGAUAGUGCAGUGUUCACAAGCAUGCCGAGCGGCUCCAACACAAAGCCUCUAGAAUCACAGGUCAAGGAGAGUAGUGCAAGCAAAGAAUCAAAGUUAGUUGCUGGAUUUUCAUCUUCUUUUGCUACCAAGGAUUUGGGAAAGCCCAGUGUGCCAAGGACAAACUCUUUUAUUGAUAAGACUAAGUCUAGAGACUUGACCCUCAAAGAGCGGCUUGUUAAAGAACUGCCGAGUGCAAUUGACGAUCCCUAUAACUUUGAAGCUGAACCAAGUGAAAUAGUGCCUCUCAGACCUAUCAAAGAGAAAAGAGCAUCAGCAUCUAACCUUCGCAAAGAGACUGGCAAAGGAAGUUUGGCAAAAAACGGGACAAUGUUAAAGGCUGGUCCAGACACUGCAGCGUUGUUGGCGUCGCAAGCGCAGGUCCAGAAAAUAAUCAAGGAUGUUAACACUUCACUGGCAUCCCAAGAGCAUCCAAAGCCAACGCCUGCAUCCAAAGACCAGGUACAAGCAGGAAAGAAGAGUCUUGCUUCCGCAAUGACGUCUCGAGGAGGAAAAGCCCAGAUGUCGGAGGAAGAUGAACUGAAGCUGAAGAAACUUCGUUCUCUCUUCCUAAAGCAGGAAAAAAUCAGCGACAUACUGACUAAGCAGCAGCAAGCAAAAAGGAAGAGGAGGAUCAGCAGUGAGGAGCAGUCUGGGCUUGGGAUGAUGAACCCACAGGGUAUAGCUCAGGUAGGGUUCUUGAACUCGAUGGAUGGCAGUACCAUUCCCAGUCUCCCAUCUCCUAGGCAACAAGACAUGAUAAGAAUGAUGAUGCAAGGGCAGAGGUCACAUAUUCCUCCAUCCAGUCUGCCCCUAGGCCCUGAGCUUGUGAGCCAUUCUCAACUCAGCCCUUCUUCCCACCCUGGUGUAUUCUCUGGAUUCAGACCCUCUGGUAGAGAUCUGUGCAAUAUGGUAGCCCUGUCAAGGCCGCCAAAAGAAUUCUGUAUGCCUGUCAAUGUCCGUUCCCCUUCACCUACAACCAUGAUGCAAGGCCUCACCCAUCCUCCUCGUAUGUCCCCAACAAGUAUACCUCUGUCCAGUCCAACCUCCAUGUCUCCUACUAUAAGCAGACCUCCCCCAACCUACGGGGCUCAUUUAUCUCAAGCAUUACGUAAUAUGCCAAGAUCUCCGGUAGACCCAAGAUCAGACUUCUUGCCAUUCCCCCCUCAGCACCGCAUGCCCAUUGACUCUAGCUUUCCCAUGCCCCACCCACAUGCCAGUGCCCCCCAACGGCUUCCUCCACUGCAGUCCCUCCUAAUGCAGCCCCGGUACCCUCCCCCACCCCACCCUAAGAAAUCCCCCAUCCCAGCCCAAGCCAAUCAUUCCCUGGGUUCACAACAGCUGUCUGGAGUGCCCCCACCAACACAUAUCCUGCCCCCUCCUUCAGUACCGCCUCCAUCUUACAACCUCCACCAGGCUAUGGUGAAUCAACAAUCCCUACUGCCGAGCCCUCUGGGUCGUAAGGCCCCGUCCUCCAGCACCAGCAGCCCACAAACGAGUCCUGCCACACCUGGUGAACCUGCCCUCACCAGGGAACGGCCAACCACGCCCAGUCUUAAUUCACCUGGAGAAAAGAUGCCUAAUCCAUGGACAUGGGGAAUCGCUGAGGUGGUUCAAUUCCUAGCUGAGACAGGGGAAGGCUCAUGUGCAGAGUGUUUUUGUAGACAGAAUAUCAAUGGCCAGAAACUGAUGUCUCUGAGCAAAGAGCAGCUGGUCAAACUGACUGGAAUGAAGGUGGCUCCCUCGCUCAAGAUCUACGAGCAGAUUGUGAAGCUACGGUCCCAGUUUCCCAUGGGUCCACUCGGCCCCACCCCACAGACGGACUCCAUGGCCAGAUGAUAAUCAGUUUAGGUCAGUGCAGAACUAGAUGACCUCAUAUGAACACUUAUAUUGUCAACAAUUCUUUGAUAACUCACUACCGGUGAUUGUUCACCAGAGCUUGAUGUCCUUCCUGCAUAAGCCAGAAUAGUUACUUCUGGACAGCACAGCUCAACAACUCCUAACCUGUUCUCUUCGAUAUUGGGUGCAGAAGAUCAGUACCAGUAUGAUGUUAGCGCAGCUUGACAGCUCAGCUCCUAGCUUGUUCUUUCUUCAAUGUUGGGUGUAGGUCAGUAUGGUCAGCUAAAAAUGUCCUGUCUUGUUCUCUCUAUAAUGAUGAGGUGCAAAAUAUUGUUAGGAUGUUGACCCUACAUCAGAGCCCAUCACUUGCUUCCCAAUGCACUGCAUAAGGUCUAUGUAUGAUAAAGCUACAUGAAUGUUUCUGUCUUUUUUGCAGAUAACUAUUAUCCAUCAUUGUGCUACGGCUGUUCACUUUGCUUGUGAUAUUGUUUGUCUUUUGAUAAGAGUGAGUAAGGCUUUACAGUGACAUCCUUUAUUCAGGCACAUCAAAUUUCUCUGUUCCAGCAAACAGUAUCUGUAUGAUAUGCCAAGUCUAAGAGUAAUAAACUAAAGAGUUCAUUUGGACAACAACAAAAAUGUGCUUUAUCCUAUUUUAAAAAUUCAGGUUAAGGUAAUCUUUGACCAUGUUUUAUGUGUAAGUGAAUUUGCCAAUUAUCCCUAUCUUUUGUAUUCUCACAACUGCUAAGAAAGAUGUUGAUUUUAUAUUGUUAUAGAAAAAAAAUACAUAUGACCAUGAGUUUGAAAAUACAAGAUAUGUUCCAUAUGCUGCGACUUUGGUGGUCUUCACAAGUUGCCCAAAUAUGUAGGUGUAUAUAUAUAUAUAUAUACUUGUAUGUGACAUUCUACAAGGGGGUAAUGUGUGUUUCCUACAUACUUAUAUUCCUGCAUGUUUUAUUUGCAGUGUUUUCUUCUUAAGUAGUGGGCUCUUUUAUCUUGAUCUGGUCAACAGUUCUAUGAAACCCUUCAUAAUCAGUCAACUUGCAGUGGCUCUUUACACUAUGUCAUGUACUAUUCUACAUUUACAAAACAUAGAGUUUACCAUGGCUAAUAAGUAUAAGUAGAUAGUAAGCAUGGAGAUAUUGUCGGAUGUGUUUUGGUAGAUUUCAAUUUCACAAGAACUGUCAUACAGCAGGGAUUAGAGCAAUACAGUCUUGUGGAGAGUAUGGAUUUUUUUUUAGAGGUAUGUUGAGUCUUGUGUAGGUUUUGACACUGCAAAAAAAAAUGUGUAUGGCCGCAGUUGAUGUGUGAAAUAAUCUUUAUUCCAUUUAAGCUGAUAUUUUUAUUUAUUUUCUUUUAUAAUAAAUAAGUUUUUGUUUGUUGCUCAUGUUAGCUCAGAAUGAGAUAUGUGAGAUAUGAAUACAUGUUAUAAACCAAAUAAUUACCAAAUAUUCCUACAUGAUAGCCUGCUAUACAUGACUGUAUGGAUCUUGCUAGAGUUUUAUUUCUCUUAGUGCCUCCCAUAUUUUUUUAAAUAGUAAAAAACGAUCCUGCUAUUCUGGACUUUAGGCCAGCUGAAACCCAUCUUGCCAUAAAUACUACCCUUGUCAAUAUUGUUUUUUUCUAUGCAUAUGAUUUUUUAAAAACCUUUGAUAAGUUAUUUAUGCCCAUUAUAUGAUAUCUUUCAUAGCUUACAUUAUCUGUAUAGUCCUGCUCUUACUCAAGGACUCUUCUUCUAUGUCAUUCAUUUUAUACAGAACAAUAUUUUUUUCCAAAAUUAAAUUAAGUUUGCCACACAUUUUCUUUAUAUCGCUGCAUGACUUGCCUGUCAUUUUUUUAUGAAGACAAACGACAACUGAUCUCAAUAUUGGCCAAUUCAGAAAGAAAAAAAUGUUCUGUUAUUUCAAAGCUCACCAAUGUCAUAUGACAGCCCUUUUCAACUAGAGUGCUGGGAGAGAAAUGGUGUUACAUCAAAAUAGUAUUUUGGAAUAAUGUUGAUUUUAUGAAACACCACAUAUUAGAUCAUGAGGAAAUAGCAUUUUAAAGUUGAAAAGAAUAUUCUUCCUCACUCUCUCACUUUGUUUAGAAACGGGAAGAUUUCAGGCAACAAAGUACCUGAAUACCUCCAUAUUUGGCUUAAAGGUGCCCAAAUAUCAUUUUAUUUGACAGCCAGUUACCCAAAUAUAUUUUAUAUCUUUUAUAUCGAAAUUGGAUUGCUACCAUGCUCGUUCACUGCACUUGAUUGCAAAAUAUAGAAACAGGAUAAUUCUGGGCAACGAGAUGCCCCAAUAUCCUCAUAUUCAUGUAUAUUUGACAGUGGGGUGCCUGUAUACAUUAUUGGAUAUCUUAUGUAAUGUGUUAUUGCAAAAUGAUAUUUUAACAUUUUAGGGUGGUCUUUUUUUUUGCGUGCUCACUUUGCUCGCUCACUCAAAAAACAAUGGAAACAAAUAAGCCUGCCUCCAAAUAAUGUUCAAGAUUUAGAGACUGUAUCAUCAUUUAGAAAUUUAAAAAGUAUAGUGAAAAGAUCAAGAAACAUAGUAGAGAAAUAUAUUUGUACACCAUAUUCCUAGAAAGAAAAGUUUGAAAAAUUACAUUAGACUGUUGUACUACCACUUGUUAUGACUAUGAAUAAUUUGCCAUGCUAAUAUAAUUGCAGGGAAAUCCAAAUAAUCGCCCUAAAAUAAAGUAGAAAAAUCAGAUUGGCAAAUUGGAGACAUUUUUAACAAAAUUGGACGUACAAUAAGAAAGUUGUUUAAAAAAAAAGUUUUGAUCACUAUAACUAUGAGAAUUUCAAAUUGGCUGAACAGUAAAAUAUGACUGUGAUGUAGUUGGCAGACAACUCUAUGUGGAGGACCUAUGGUAAUAUGCUAUCCAUGAUAUAUUUGUAAUAUUGCCCAAAAAGAGAAAGUACCUAGGGGGGCAAAAACAGUUACUUAUAUUUCAGUAUAUACUGGUAAUGAAUGGUGGAGUUGACUGUGAAUACAUCACAAUAUACUGACCAAAUUGCCAAUUUGAGGUUCGCAUAGAUUUAGCGAUUUGAAACUUUUACUACUUUUUUUUGUGGUCAUACAAAUUAACUUCUUACACAGCGUUCCCUGUAAGAGCUUCAAAGAAACCAAUAUCAACAUUUCAAAAACUUGUUUUAUUGCUUCGGCUAAAAAAGUUUAGAAAUUUGACUUAUUUGAGUGAUAGUGUUAAGUUAACUAUGGUAUAAUUAUUAUAUGCAAUAUCUUUUUUAAUUUUGCUUAAAUUUUUCAUUCAAAUUGUUCUUCUGAUGAAUUUGAUGAAUUCUUGGUAUAAUGCUUUAUAAGCACCAACCCAUGAUGAUUUGACAGAUUUUCACAAGCACGAACAAGGGUUAUAUGCCUUUCUAUAGCUCAAGAAAAAAAUCUCCUUACUGAGGAGUAUGGAAAAACAAUCCUUU